AUGUGUGACUUUGUGGAUCAUUACCGAGUUCUAGGGUUACCUCGUUAUGGAGAAUAUUGUGAUGGUGUGAAGAUCGGCAAGGAACAGAUUCGAAAAGCGUAUUUGUGUAAGGCAUUGAAAUUACAUCCUGAUAAAAAUUCUGAUGAUCCUAACAACGCUCACGAGGAGUUUCGUAAGCUCAAGAAUUCUUAUGAUAUUCUCAUAGAUCCCAAAUCUAAAGAACUGUUUGAUAAUCUUCUCAGGGCCAAGUUCGAGAGGCAAAAACAUAAGACACAGUCUCGUGAAGAUGAGGAAUUUUGGAACAACAUUCCGGAAGAAAAAGAAAAGGAACAACAACCUAAGAGAAGAACUCAAGGGGAUCCCGAGUUUUGA